AGCAUAGUUUACCCCGUCGGUCUUCUCCCCACCCAGAUCCGGAGCCACUCAGAUCCAGAGCCAUACGCCAUGGCGUCCUCCCUUCCCCUCCUCCUCCUCGUCCUCCUCGCCGCGGCAGCCGCCCACACCGCCGGCGCCAACGACCUGGUCGGCGAGCUGCAGUCCCUCCGCUCCCGCUCCCCAUCCGGCGUGAUCCACCUCACCGACACCUCCGUCACCCGCUUCCUCUCCUCCCCGGCCCCGCGGCCCUACUCCGUGCUCCUCUUCUUCGACGCCGCCUCGCUCCACUCCAAGUCCGACCUCCACCUCCCCCAGCUCCGCCGCGAGUUCGCGCUGCUCUCCGCCUCCUUCCUCGCCAACAACCCCGACUCCGACUCCUCCUCCGCCCUCUUCUUCGCCGACAUCGAGUUCUCCGAGUCGCAGCACUCCUUCUCGCAGUUCGGGGUCAACUCGCUGCCCCACGUCCGCCUCAUCCGCCCCGACCACUCCCGCCUCGCCGACUCCGAGCAGAUGGACCAGUCCCACUUCUCCCGCCUCGCCGACUCCAUGGCCGAGUUCGUCGAGGCCCGCACGGGGCUCGAGGUCGGCCCCGUCGUGCGCCCGCCGCUCGUCUCCCGCAACCAGGUCGCCCUGCUCGUCAUCCUCUUCCUCAUGUCCGUCCCCUUCGGGAUCAGGCGGAUCGCGCAGGGGGACACCAUGCUCCACGACCCCAAGCUCUGGAUGGCCGGCGCGCUCUUCGUCUACUUCUUCAGCGUGUCUGGAGGGAUGUACGGGAUCAUCAGGCACACGCCCAUGUUCCUCACCGACCGUGCCGAUCCCAACAAGCUCGUCUUCUUCUACCAGGGUUCGGGGAUGCAGCUGGGCGCCGAGGGGUUUGCUGUUGGGUUCCUGUACACCCUCGUGGGGCUGAUGUUGGCUGUGGUGACACACUUGCUGGUCAAGGUGGAGAGCCUGCAGACGCAGCGGUUCGCGAUGCUUGCGGUCAUGGUGGUUGGAUGGUGGGCGGUCAGGAAGGUGAUUUUCUUGGAUAACUGGAAGACUGGCUACAGCAUUCAUACUUUCUGGCCAAGUGGCUGGAGGUAAAAUGCUUGCUCAACCGGUGAUCAAUGGUUCUUUUGGAGAUUGCUCAUGUUCCAGCCAUGGAAAUACUGGAUUGGAAAAAGUCAUAAAUGAUACUGGUAGCUGACAACUUCUAUCUUGGAUGCUGAACGAUGAAUGCAGUUCAUGUAACUGGAUAGCAGUGUUAUCACCAUCAGAAGCACAUGGUUUGGCUUACAUCAUAGAUGCAGCAAUUGAAAGUUUUUUCACAAGCAGUACUUUAAUGUUUUUUUUUCCAUUGUAUGAACCUGUACUGAACAGUGAACGGAAAACACAAUUUUUUUACUGAGAAUUCAGUAAGUUAUCCUGCCGGACA